AUGAGUAGAAAAGGAGUUAUACCAAAAGAGUGGAGACUGUCCAGACGGCUCUAUCGAGAAACAGCGCCCAACCGCGCAGUCCGGCUGGCCGAGGAACGCAUGUUCCGCGCUCGGCCAAAGCUCGUCCGUCCGACUGAAGUCUCGGCCAAAGUCCAAAACCACUCGGCCGAUCACGCAUCACGACCCGGGAAACUCAAGCCCGCGGUCGGCCACGCCACACCGCCACGCCAACCGCGCACGACCAAAGCGCGCGAGCCGGGAAGUAAGCCUCGCGGCCGCGCAACUCGUUCACGUACCGCGCCGAACGCUCCGUCCGACCCGGGAGAACGCCCACGUCCGGCCGAGAGAUUUCAUCGGCCAAACUAUCCGUCGACCACGCCGACCGACCGUGAAUCCGUCCGACCCCGACCGUUCCGACUCGGCCACAACCCGAUUGUCCGGCCGAUCGUCCCGCACGACCGUCCCAACGCCGCGGUCGACCCGAAGCCCUUUUUGAAGCCCAAACUUAUGUUUUCAAGCCCGGCUUAA